AUGUACAAGAUAUUGAUCUGUGCAGUGAUAUUUAUGUUAUCAGAGACAUGUUUGUGUGAAGUUUCAAUCCUAGACAAGACAGAACUGGUUUUAGCUUUUAUGGUACAUCGCCAUGGUGAUCGAACGCCAGUUGAAACAACAAUACAAUUUGCCAGUGACAAAGACUUGGUAUUGGAAAAAACAAAGAAAUACGGCUACGGCCAACUCACAGAUAAAGGUAGAUUACGCGGCUAUGAAUUAGGUAAAUUCAUCCGCCGUCGCUAUGGCUCCCAACUUUCGGAUCAAUACAACGCAUCAGAAAUAUUUAUUCGUUCAACUGAUUCUACUAGAACCAAAAUGACGGUACUGGCGGCCAUGGCUGCUGUUUACCCUCCAGGUAAAGAUAAUUGGAGUAAAGAUAUCAACUGGACUCCCGUACCGUAUACUACUAGGAGAGCGAAAUAUGACAGUCUGUUACCCACAGUAAAUUGUCCAGUUCUCUCUAAUAUUUUCGCGAACAAUUUAUCGAAAUCCCCUCCAACUAUGACAAAGUAUGAACGUGUUAUGGAAGAAAUAUCGAACACCUUUGACAUCAAUGUCUCACUAUCUCCUGUUACACUGUAUGUCAUUAACGAUAUGUUUGUCAGCCAGAUAAGUUUAGGUGUACCGCUUCCCAAAAAUUUGGAGGAUCUGCUUCCUCAAAUAGUAGAAGGUGCAGGACAAGCCAUGGAUAUUUUAUUUGGAGAUGACAAAUACUUACCUUUGUACUCAGGAGUUCAUCUGCAAGAAUUCUUUGAUGCGGUAGACAAAGUUAUAAAUGGAAGAGACGUGCCUAGGAUCCAGGUGUACUCUGCCCACGACGUCAAUGUAUUCACCUUCAGUUCUAUUACAAGGAUCAAUCCUCGACUAGGUGUGCCCAAGUACGGGUCCUUAUUUUCUCUGGAAUUAAGAAGAAAUUUACAAACUGGAGAGUAUAUUGUAGUGCCUGUAUUUCUUGAAGAACCUGGCGCUGACGAGGUAUACCUCUAA